AUGGCUGAUGCAGUUUUGUCUAACCCAAACCAAAGAUUGGUGAGCAAUAGGUUUGAUGAUGUGGAGUGCCACAACCAAGCUAGUGAGAUUGAAAUUCAAUCCUCUUCUUUCAAGACUAUCUUGAGAAAGAGGAGGCUCAUUAUCAUCUCUACCCUCUCACUUAUUCUUAUUGCUAUCACUUCAACUAUUCUUUCUGCAGUUUUCAUCGUCAAGGCCAACCAAGCCAAGACCUUUAAACUUGACCUUGAAUCUCUUAUUGACAAGGAAUUCAACUUCUUGGAUGCCGACUCAAGGGAAAAAUAUGUUGAUGAAUUAGUCACACUCUUCAAAAAGGGUUACGUUUCUGAUGACUUCAGGUUGGAAUUCGAGACCUUCCUCGAGUUCGAAGCCUACAAUGCUAAGUACUCCGUGAAGCACAAGGACGAAAAGGAACGCAGGGAAAGGUUCACCUACUUCCGCAACGACUACCACGACAUCAAGAGCAGGACCGGAAAGGAGUUGUACACUAGGGAAAUCAACAACUAUACCGAUAUGACCGACAAAGAGCUCCGUUCAUUGUUCCCCAGGAUUACCAACUUGCCAAAAGCCAAGAAGGCUGAAGUUAACCCAGUUUCAAAGAUCAACGUUGAAUUAUCUCCUGAUUACUUGAACAGCUUGAAAGCCGCAAGAGGUGGCGUAGAGGUCUCUGACGUUGACAAGAUCACUGGAGAAGGUCUUGACUGGAGAAAGGCUGAUGCUCUUACCUACGUCAAGGACCAAGGAACUAACAGCCCAUCUGACUGGGCCAUUUCCGUCAUUGACUCUGUUGAAAGUUUGUUCAAGAUCUACAACAAGGAAAGAAGCGUCCACCUUAGCUUCCAAGAGCUCUUGAACUGUGACUUCAAGUCUGAAAAGGAGGGAAACAUUGUUUCUGCCUUCGACUACGUAUCCAAUGGUGUCUCAUCUGCCUUUGGAUAUCCUUACUCUGGUGUCAGAUCAAGAUGCAAGAACUCAACUACCUCCAAGAAGUUUGAAAUUGGCUCAAAGGUAUUCAUGACCGGCAAGGAUAUCUUAAACAAAUCCCUCGUUAUCUCUCCAACCGUUGUUGCCAUGUCAAUGCACAGGGAAUUCUUGUCAUACAAAGGCGGUCUCUAUGAUGGACCUUGUGCCAAGAAUCUCAACCACUACGUCUUACUCGUUGGUGAGGGCUAUGACGAAGAAACCAAGUCCAGAUACUGGAUCAUCAAGAACACCUUCGGACAAUCCUGGGGUGAGAACGGUUAUGCCAGAAUCGUUAGGACUGAUGAAAAGUUCGACAAAUGUGAUAUAUUAUCCGUUGGAUUCAACCCAUCCUUCACUAAAGUAGAAACCGAAGAAGCCAGGUUAGAAAGGGAGAAACAAGAAGCUGAGUCCAGGAAAAGGACCGAGAAGGCAAGAAAGGAAGAAGAAAAGAGGCAAAGAGAGGCCAGGAACAACGCUCCCAAAACUCCCUUAAGAAAAACAGUAAGAAAGUACUAA